CACAGGCGGAGUGUAUGUGCUGGAUAUGGACAGCGUGCUGCCAAGCGAUGCAACAGCCGUGAACAGAAAUCUGAGCCAGAUCGAGGUCGUCAUUCCCGAGCCUGUCCACCUGCCGGACGUCGAAGACAUCAGGUUUCUCGCUCUCUCGUGCGACGAGCUGACGCUUGCGGUCGGCACCGCCGCCGAGGUGGUUCUGGUCGACAUGCGAGUGCUUGCGCGGGCGGCACCAGGCUCGACUGUUGGCGUGGUUGGGCGAGUCGCGGUGGGGGCGGCGGUGGUGGAGAUGGAGUGGAACACAGGCAAGUUUCCGGACCUGCUGGCAGUGGUCUCGGCCGACGAGCAGCUGGUGCUUGUGCGCGCCGACGGCGAGCUGGCUGGCUCGGGCAGUGUGGCUGGCGUGCUGAGCGUGAGCUGGUCGCCCAAGGGCUCUAAGCUGGCCUGUGGACUGAGCAACGGAAGUAUUACCACCCACUCGGUGCCUGCGCUCACUGUGUCGGGCGCAGGCAUACCGGCACCACCGGCAAGCGAGGCUGAUCUGGCCGGCUGCGUACCGGUCUCGCUCUCGUGGAUCCACAACACGCAGUGGGCGGUGUGGUACGGUGCGGCCGAGGCACCGCACCAUGGCGGCGGGAUGGCUGUUGUCUCACGACACGGCGGCGAAGCCAGCUUCAUGGAGCUCGAUGUGGCACCGACGCGGCCGAGCGAGAAGCGUGGCGUGCGGGCACAGUUUGAGCUUCUGCGGCCGUGGCUGCUGAUGGCGGUGGCCACUUCAGCCAGUAAGGACAUCGACCUGGCUCAGCAGGACUCUGCUGACGAGCCGUGGAAGCUACUGCUGCUUAAUGAGGGUGCCGAGGCCGCAAUUCCACUGUCGUUGAAGAACAGGAAGGAAACCUACAACCUCGGCACCGCAUGGUACACCUCGCCCAAGGUCUACCAUGCAAAGUGCCCGACCGACUACACCGAGCUCCCGCCACCGCUGCCUGUUCUUCUCACACUCACCACCGACGGCGCGAUGGUUGUCCACGGCCUCCACGCAGCGCGCCCCGAGGAGCUCGAACGGGUCGCCGAGGUCAUGACUGUCAGGCAGUCUCUGCCUGACGCGCCUCAGGCUGAAGCUAGCCCUGGCGAUGGCCCAAUCAUUCUCGGUGGCCCGCCCGCGGCAGCGUCGCCCGAGCCUGCGGCAGAGGCUGGUGACGGCCCGAUCAUUCUCGGUGGUCCACCCGCGGCGGCAUCACCCGAGCCUGCGGCAGAGGCUGGUGACGGCCCGAUCAUUCUCGGUGGUCCACCCGCGGCGGCAUCGCCCGAGCCUGCGGCAGAGGCUGGUGACGGCCCGAUCAUUCUCGGUGCCCCCCCGCCGUCGUCUGACAUCAAGCCAUCAACCGGUUUUAAGACCGGUGGCUUCAACCUCGGCGGCAACAAGGGCAAGUCACCGACGACUGGCGGGUUCAACCUCGGCGGCAACAAGGCCAAGACACCGACGACUGGCGGGUUCAACCUCGGCGGCAACAAGGCCAAGACACCGACGGCUGGCGGGUUCAACCUAGGUGGUAACAAGGCCAAGACACCGACAGCUGGCGGGUUCAACCUCGGCGGCAACAAGGCCAAGACACCGACGGCUGGCGGGUUCAACCUAGGUGGUAACAAGGCCAAGGCAGCGACAGCUGGCGGGUUCAACCUCGGCGGCGACAAGGCCAAGGCAGCGACAGCUGGCGGGUUCAACCUCGGCGGCAACAAGGCCAAGACACCGGCGGCUGGCGGGUUCAAACUCGGCGGUGACAAGAGCGCAGAUUCGCAGAAGAGCGAUGCUGCGGACGCACCAGCCGCCAGUGCAGCGGACGCCUCGGCUGACACGGAAGCGGCGCCUAGUCCGGCAGGGUCAGGUUCGGCACCGGUUGUUGAGCUGACACCGACGGCUGGCGGGUUCAACCUAGGUGGUAACAAGGCCAAGGCAGCGACAGCUGGCGGGUUCAACCUCGGCGGCGACAAGGCCAAGGCAGCGACAGCUGGCGGGUUCAACCUCGGCGGCAACAAGGCCAAGACACCGGCGGCUGGCGGGUUCAAACUCGGCGGUGACAAGAGCGCAGAUUCGCAGAAGAGCGAUGCUGCGGACGCACCAGCCGCCAGUGCAGCGGACGCCUCGGCUGACACGGAAGCGGCGCCUAGUCCGGCAGGGUCAGGUUCGGCACCGGUUGUUGAGCUGGUGGACAUGCCCGCAGUGACUGCACCGAUGAAGCCCAUCAAGAUCUCGUCGGUCUUUACCAAGGGCUUUUCGAUGAAGGGCACGCGUGAUGGGGCUGGAGCAUCGAACUCUUCCGCGGCGGCAGCGCCAAAGGUGGCAAGUGCGGCGCGCGCGGAACACCACCCGCUGGAGCAGCAGUACCACGACGAGUUUGCACACAUGCGGUCGGCACUGAACGAGGUCGCACAGUUGCGCGCUGCGUCGGGGGCGCUCAUCAAGGAGGUGGCCGCGGGAGGCGCGGAUCAGUUUUCGGCGCGUCGCAUGGAGUCGACGGCGUCGAUGGCAGCGGCACUGGCGGCCAAGAUGGAAGCGCUCAAGCGCGAGGCCGUGGAUCAGGAGCACAAGCUCAGUGCGCUGGGACAAGAGCUGGUUACCGAGUGCGCACAGGCGAAGGACGGCCACACGCUUCUGUCCAAGCGGGCGGAUCCGCACUACCAACAGCUGCUCAGCGCCCGUGCGCUGGAUCCCGAGUCACAGCAACAUGCGCGCAAGCUGCAGGCAAGCGUGCAGGAGGUCGAGCGGUCGCUCUCAGUUCUUGAGGGCCACAUCUCGCGGAUGCUGGCGUCACAGGACCGCGGCGUCCACGCACAGCGCGCGCGGCCGUCGCUCUCGGCAAUUUACGGCUCGAUUGCCGCGCAGGUCCGAGCUGCGCAGGUUCACAAGGCCGAUCUGGACCAGAUGGAGGCCCGCAUCGAUGCACUGCUGCGGCAUGUGGGCAAGUCGCCGGUGUGUGGUCGCUCGCGGCCUCCACGCUCACUCUCGCCCGGCAGGCCCAUGCCAAGCGAUGCGCGGGUGCUCUCGACUUCUGUGCGGAUGCGGACGCCGGGCCUCGGGGCGUCGGAGAUGAAACGGCGGAUGGGCGAGAUUGCACACGCGGUGCAGAGCUCAGGUACAGUGGUACCGGUCCGGCGUGCCCGUACCGAAGCGUCCACCGACGUCGAUGCCUCUCUUGUGGCAACCAUUGCCGACCUGCGGGUCCGUGCAACCGAGAUGAAUCUCCCGACCGGUUCCCACGGUGUGCGGGCAGCAGACGCCAUUGCUCGUCAGAGGAGCAAGGCGCCCGCGCAGGCCGCAGCUGCGGUGGCGCCCGCUGGCAGCAUCAAGCUUAGCGCGCCCAAGCCGCUGAGCAUGGCCGACGUCGGGCUGUCGGCAGCUGCUGCCGAAGGCCUUCCGGCCGCGGGCACGCCCAAGGCCGCGAUGAAGUCCAAGUUCAACAAGUCGGGCCUUGUCACCCCCGCCACCACCGGGCUGGGCAAGGUUGAGCCGGUUGCCAAGGCUGCUGCUGGCGCGAGCUCUGGAAACGCGUUCAAGGUCAACAAGCCGACUCUGGCUACCGGCGCCGCCAAGCCCGCAGGCCUCAAGACCGCUUCUACUGCAGCGGCGAAACCGGCGGCCGCGGCGGGUGGUUUCAAGGCCGGCGGUUUCAAGGCCGGCGGAGCCAAGACAAGUGGCGGUGCGACUGCUGCCGGGGGUAAGCUUGCGUCUGCGACGGGCGGAUUCAAGGCUGGCGGGGCCAAGACUGGCGGGUUCAAGGCCGGCGGGUUCAAGGCUGGUGGUGCCAAGGCUGGCGGCGCUGCUGCUGCUGCUGCCACCGCCGACAAGCCGGCGUCUGCGACGGGCGGGUUCAAGGCCGGCGGGUUUAAGGCCGGUGGGUUCAAGGCUGGCGGAGCAAAGACUAGUGGCGGCGCGGCCGCUACCGCUGACAAGCCAGCAUCUGCGACGGGCGGGUUCAAGGCCGGCGGGUUUAAGGCCGGUGGGUUCAAGGCUGGCGGAGCAAAGACAAGUGGCGGCGCGGCCGCUACCGCUGACAAGCCAGCAUCUGCGACGGGCGGGUUCAAGGCCGGCGGGUUUAAGGCCGGCGGGUUCAAGGCUGGUGGAGCCAAGACAAGUGGCGGCGCGGCCGCUACCGCUGACAAACCAGCAUCUGCGACGGGCGGGUUCAAGGCCGGCGGGUUUAAGGCUGGCGGGUUCAAGGCCGGCGGGUUCAAGGCUGGCGGUGCCAAGGCAAGCGGCGCUGCUGCUGCUGCCACCGACAAUCCGGCGUCUGCAACGAGCGGGUUUAAGGCCGGUGGAUUCAAGGCCGGCGGAUUCAAGGCCGGUGGAAGCGGCAAGCCAGCCUCAUUUGCGCUCAAGACCAAGUUUGGGUCGACAAGUGCGGGGGCUGUACCGCCAACCCCGUCGGGAUUGUCGAACGCCUCGCCGUUUGGAGGCGAUGAUGACGACGAUGACGACGACGAUGACGACGACUUUGACGAUGACUUUGAUGACGAUGAUGAUGUGUCUGACUCGGGCGAGGCCCUCACCCGCGCUUAUCAGUCGCACUCACGCCUUGUUGCGUCUGUCUCGGACAACGACUCGUCGGGCUCGGGUGGCCGCCCGGCAGUGUUCCGCGGUGGCGUCACGCCGACGCCAUCGCCUCCCGAGUCUGGCUCCGACGCCGACUACUCGGGCUCGGAUGGGCGGCCGGCCGUUUUCCGCGGCGGCGUUUCGCCAAGCCCUUCGGGAUCUGCUAGCGAUGGUGACGACAAUGACGACGCCACCUCGUCGUCGAGUGGCGUUGCUGCCACUCUCUCGUCGCUCAACAAGGGUGGGUUCAAUUCUGGUGGCUUCAAAUCCGGCGGGUUCAAGUCUGGCGGAUUCAAGGCCGGCACGGCAUCUGGUGGCGCUGGCGCGGCUGCCGGCGGGUUCAAGUCCGGCGGAUUCAAGUCCGGCGGGUUCAAGUCCGGCGGAUUCAAGGCCGGCACGGCAUCUGGUGGCACUGGCGCGGCUGCCGGCGGGUUCAAGUCUGGCGGGUUCAAGUCCGGCGGGUUCAAGGCUGGCACGGCAUCUGGUGGCGCUGGCGCGGCUGCCGGCGGGUUCAAGUCUGGCGGGUUCAAGUCCGGCGGGUUCAAGUCCGGCGGGUUCAAGUCUGGCGGAACGUCUUCAGCAUCGACCGGUGGCGGUUUCGGCAAGUUCUCUUCCGGUGGCUCGGCUGCCGGUGGCGGCGGUGCUGGCGGCGGUGUCGGAUUCGCCAAGUUUGGUGGAGGCGGCAGCAGUGCAGGUAAGACUUCGUUUGGAUCAGCCGCGUCUGGCGGCAGUAACAGCGGCGGGUUCAAGACCGGUGGCUUUAAGUCUGGCGGGUUCAAGCCCGGAAGCGGCGCCGCGUGGCAGCCGCGAUGAAUAAACAUCCUGUACGUAUCCG